AGAGAAAAAAAAUCCUCAGCGCUUGUCAUGGUGUUAGAGUGAAAGGGACCCGAAUGUGUGUUUUUUUUUUUUUUUGGUUCAUUUACCAGUCAGACCAGAAACUCGGGAAAAGGAACACGCACAUGAGUUUGGACCAGGUAGAACAUUCGGUCUCGCACUCUUUUCGUAUUCUGUUUGAGAACUCUUCUUUUGGUUUUACAUUUAAUUUCUAGAUUUUUCCACCCCCCUUCCCCCGUUCCCCCUUAUCACUUGGAAAAAAGGUGACCCUCGUGUUAUUUUUUUUGUUUGGUCUGUGCCUGUGAUUGUAGUUUUCUGCCCCUUGUGGUCCCCCCUGAUGGCUUCGCACAAUGAUACUGUGGUGGUGUUGUUUGGGGCAACAGCUGGUGCAAAUGGGGUUAAACUGGGUUCGGAUGAGAGGGAAUUAAUUCUCUUGGUGUGGCAAAUUGUGGAUCUGCAGAACAAAAAGGUGGGGAAAUUACACAGGUGCCUUGUAAAACCCGACAGUCUGGAACUAACAGAGCAGUGUAAAGAAGACACGGCUCUGAAUUUGGAUGACAUUUCUAAAGCCGAGCCUUUAGACGACGUUCUGCAACAGUUUCACCAGUCCGUGUCGAGCGAGCUGAAGCUCCUGGGUAGGAGCUCCUUUACACUCUGCACAGACGGGCCCUUGCUUAUCAGACAGGUCUUCCAUCCAGAGGCCUCCAACAAGAAUCUGGUCCUGCCAGAUUGUUUUUAUUCCUUUGUUGACCUGCGGAAGGAGCUUCACAAAUGUUGUCCCAACUCCGGCUCUGCACAGGAUCACACCCUUUCCUCCAUGGCAGAAUAUUUAAACAUCCCUACAGAAAACACAGAGACAAGCGCAGGGGUCUGGGAGGUGAAAACUAUGGCAGCAGUCGUUUUACGACUUCUUUCUGAACCACACAAUCACAAAUUCACAGACUUUGAGACCGUGAAGUGCAAGUUUGAAACCGGCGCCUGCAGGAAGUCGGAGGCUGUGGACAGCGAGACAGUGAUCCGAGCCAGGGGACUCCCGUGGCAGUCUUCAGACCAGGACAUUGCCAGGUUCUUCAAAGGGCUCAACAUCGCCAAGGGCGGGGUGGCGCUGUGCCUCAAUGCACAGGGCAGGCGGAACGGAGAGGCACUUGUUCGGUUUGUCAGUCCGGAGCACAGAGACCUGGCCCUGGAGAGACACAAGCAUCACAUGGGCAGCCGGUAUAUAGAGGUUUAUAAAGCUACAGGAGAGGAAUUUCUGAAAAUAGCAGGUGGCACUUCCAAUGAAGUCGCCCAGUUCCUGUCAAAGGAGAACCAGGUGAUCAUCCGCAUGCGCGGGCUGCCCUUCACCGCCACCGCGGAGGAGGUGCUCAGCUUCCUGGGUCCAGACUGCCCUGUGACGGACGACAAGGAGGGGCUGCUCUUCGUCAAGUACCCUGAUGGGAGGCCCACGGGGGACGCCUUUGUGCUGUUUGCCUGCGAGGAGUAUGCUCAGAACGCCAUCAAGAAGCACAGGGAGAUCCUGGGCAAGCGCUACAUAGAGCUGUUCCGCAGCACUGCGGCAGAGGUGCAGCAGGUGUUGAACCGGUACAUGUCCACACCUCUGAUCUCCACACUGCCACCCCCCAUGCUGCCGGUGAUCCCCCAGCCCUUCAUCAUGACGGGGCCGGCACGGGACUGCGUGCGGCUCAGGGGCCUCCCCUACACCGCCACCAUCGAGGACAUCCUGGAGUUCAUGGCCGAGUUCACAGUGGACAUCAAGCCCCACGGCGUCCACAUGGUCCUCAACCAGCAGGGUCGCCCAUCCGGGGAUGCCUUCAUUCAGAUGAACUCCGCGGAGCGCUCCUUCCUGGUGGCUCAGAAGUGCCACAAAAAGAUGAUGAAGGACCGCUACGUGGAGGUGUUCCAGUGCUCCGGGGAGGAGAUGAGUUUUGUUUUAAUGGGUGGCACUUUAAACCGUAGUGGCUUGUCCCCACCGCCAUGCCUCUCCCCCCCUGGCUACGCUUUCCAGACCGCUGCCGCAGUGAUCCCCGAAGCAGCUCUUUACCAGCCUCAAGCCCUGCUGGCCUCUCCCAGGACCCCCCAGCACCCUGCCCCCGCAGCGCCCCCUGCUAUCACUUACUACUCUACGCAGGCCCACGCGCACGCCCACGCCCAGGCCCAGGCCCAGGCCCAGGCACAGGCCCAGCUCUACAUGAACAUGAGCAUGAACAUGAACUACACUGCAUACUACCCGAGCCCCCCUGUCUCUCCCACCACCGUGGGUUACUUUGCUGGUCCACACGGCUCCAUGGUUGCUGCCCAGGCCUCCCCCAGCGCCAUGCUGCCCCAGCCGGGAGCCCUGGUACGAAUGCAGGGGCUUCCCUACAACACCGGCGUCAAGGAGAUCCUCAGCUUCUUCCAGGGAUACCAGCUCCACCCAGACUCUGUUCUCGUGCUUUACAACUUCAGCGGCCAGUGCAGCGGGGAGGCGUUGGUGACUUUUCCGAAUGUUGACACGGCGAAGCAAGCCGUGGCCGAGAGAUCGGAGCGGACCCUGGCAGGUCGCUACAUCAACCUCUUUGUGGUGUAAUCUGAGGAGGAGGAGGAGGGGGGGCAAGCGAAAGGGCUGACAAAAUGGAGCACUGUGUAAUGGAUUUUCUUUUUUUUUUUUUUGAUUUCCUCAAAGUGCCUUGGAAUCUGGGGACUUCUGUUCAGAUUUCUUACUUAAAUGGUUUUUUUAGCAGUAGAAGAGAUGAGAAAAAAAUGUACAAUAAAUAAAUCUCAGGUAGCUGCUGUCUUGGUGCAUGGUGCACUGACCACUGCACUGCAGCCUGGUGCCAGACAUGUUCACACCAAACCAGCAUGUGUUUGUGUUCAUGACUGGGCCUGCGCUUGACGCUGGGAGGCUGGGUGGUAAUGAUUAGAACUAAUAUAAUGAGAGAUCCUGCUCUAGUUAAAGCAGAAACCUAAACCUGAUCAAAGGAGAGCCACUCUGUGUGCAGCACAUAUUGAUUUGUAUUUUUUAUUUUUUUUUGCAAAGCAGUUGGGAGCCCAGCAGAAUCUUUGUUUAAAAACACAAAGGAGUUGUCAGAACAAAAUGUCAAUGAAACCAUUUCUAAUGUCCACAAAGAAAAUGUUGGGCUGUUCCGGUCAAUCAUCUAAAGUGCUGGUGUGCGUCACUGCCAUAAUGCCAUAACAAAGCUUCUACUUCACCUGCCAACCUGAGUUCAUGACCAAAGAUCCUGAAAAGUGGCACAAAAAAAAUGAAUUAAAAAAAAAAAAAAAAAAAGAUUAUAUAUACUUUUUAUAAGUUGUAUUUUAUUUAAGAAUAUGAUCUUUAAAACCAAUAGUAGGCAAUGUUAGUUUGGGCCACAUUUAAAAUAAACUAAUACCUUUUAUUUUAAAGCAAUUAUUUUGAAACUGAAUUUUUUGCCUUUGUCUACUACUUAAAGCAAUGGGUGGGUGCCCUGCAGUGCUUCAGGAAUCUGAAGAGUACUCCUGGAGAGUAUGUUACCGUUUUAUUUUGCCCCCUCCACCAGCCCCCCUGCCACCAUACAGUUUCAGGGUGCAUUAUUCCUUAUUCCUCUUUGUCUUUAGUUUUGAUAUUUUUUAGAGACGCCACUGCAGUCUUUUUUCCAGAUUGUAGUCUCUCUCUCUCUCUGGAUCAAGUGUCGUGGUUCCUCUACUGCCCUCUAGUGUAGGAGAAUUGGAAUUGCCCACCCAACCCAGCAGCACCAACAGUUGCUCUGGGAGAGCCUACCUGUACUUGCUGUUCCAAAUCUCAAUCCAAUAAAACACUUCUUGGUGUGUGUUCUGUACACAGAACUGUUUUUGCUGUUGAUUUACUUUGUGGUCUGUAAUGUGCAUGCAAAGUGUUCACACUGUUAAGCCGAGUCUGUGUAUUCCUGAAGGGGGAGGUGCCUGUUUUCAGUUAUUGUGCCUGCUGGAGCAUGCCUAAUGUAGAUUGUUUCUUGUAUAUGUCUAUAAGCUGUAUGAAUGUGUGUUUUACAUGAUCUGGUUCCAUGUGUGAAUGGCCUCUGCAGUCUGAGCACUCAUCCCUCAUGCCUUAAUUAAACACAGUGCAAUACCAGCAGAACAAAGUGGAAAAGAUCCUUGUUGGAGGUUAAGAGCUGUAUAUUUUGUUACUUUUUUUUUUGUUUUAAUACAAGUUUGAAACUUGAUGGAUUUAGAAAGAUAUGUAUGCAUCUUAUAUUAAUAAAACAAUAAAUGAAAAAGA